AUGUCAACACACGAAAUUACACAAAUACUUGAACGUCUGGCAUACUUAGAAGAUUCUAAUGCUUCACUAAGAACUAAAGUUGCUUUAUUGGAAGAUAGGCUCGAAUCCUUGACCAACAAUUGCGAGGCGGAACUAGCUCUGUCAACUAGAGACAACGCUCGGACUGCGAUGAUGUUAUUGCCUGCAACUGGGGACCGUGACAUCAAACGCCCUUCACCCCAUGGGAAGCCAGAAGGUUGGAAUCAGUCGACGAAAUGCUUCAAGGGGGUGUUGGCCGCACACUUUACUGGAGGCGACCUCGACAAAGCUGAAUUGGUGUACAAGGCAGUGGGCAAGCUCGCUCGAGAGCUAGUCCACUACUCAUUUUCCAAGUAUAGUGGCAGAAAUAUUGCUAUACCGUCAUGGGGUAGUCUGGCAGAUGACCAAAAGGCAAUAAUGAGCAGCAGCCUCGAAGAGAAAGCAGCCCUGAAAAACAUUGCUCUUCACAGAUUCGAAAAUUCUUGGGGAGCAUUGCUCAUACUCUCUCACAAAUUCAAAGUCCUGGUAUUCCACGGAUCCGAUUUGCCAAGAGAUGUAGCACCAACAGAGUUAUUCUUGAUUUUUAUUGGUCCAUUGAGAAUGUGCAGUCUUGCACAUAAUCGCUCGAAAUGUGCACUACGGAAUUACAAAUUGUGCCAUUUCCUACAGUGA